ACUACUCAACAAAUGCCGGAACGUAAACAGCGUCUCGCUCUGCCAUUUCACGCUUUCUGAUAAAAAUGUUUUUAAAUCAGAAAAGUGUUAAUUAAAGCCAAAAUCACAAUCAAUGUGCUUCUGAACGCUGACGGUAUGAGAUCGUGAGUAAAGUGAGCGCGCGUAAACAUCGAUUAGCUAGAAUCCAAUCCCGAAAUAUUAAAAUCAAGACACAGAGUGGGAGCGAGAGCCAGUGCGAGCGAGCGAGCGAGAGAGAGCGAGUGUGUGUGUGUGGCUGCGAGAGAAUAAAAAGUUUGCAUAUUUUUUGUGUUUAUUUCUACAUUCUACUUGGCCAAGUUGUGAAUGUCAGCCGCAAAGUGAACGAGCCAAGAAAUCACGGCCCAAAAGCGAAUAAACAAGAAUCAUUAACCAAAAAAAAAAACUAUACAACACACCAAAAAGCGCUAAAACAAGAAGAAGAAGCAGAAGCUUAACUUAAACGAAAAGUGCCUCUCAAUAGGAAAGAUUUUGUCGACAAUUCUCCACCAGCAAAAGGGCUCCAGGCUGGACAACAACUGACGCCCACCGACGACAUCGUCAUGGAUGAUGAGUUCAAGCUUUGUUGGAAGAAUUUCCAGGACAAUAUUGCCAGCGGCUUUCAAAAUCUCUACGAUCGCGGAGAUUUGGUGGAUGUGACCCUAGCCUGUGAUGGCAAAUUGCUGCAAGCCCACAAAAUUGUCCUGGCCAUAUGCAGUCCAUACUUUCAGGAGAUCUUUACGACGAAUCCCUGCCAGCAUCCAAUAAUUAUACUCAAAGAUGUCAGCUUUAAUAUUAUGUGCGAAUUGCUGGAGUUUAUGUAUCAAGGUGUGGUCAAUGUCAAGCACACGGAACUGCAGUCCUUCAUGAAAAUUGGCCAAUUACUGCAAAUCAAGGGCUUAGCCACGAAUUCUGCAUCCCCGCCAGGUUCUAGUUCAUCAGAGAAAUCCACUAGUCAAGGUACUCAACCGGAUGAUGCCGCAAAUAACAACAACAACAAUGGCAGCAUUAGUAAAACGGAUGCCACCGAUCCAAGUGAAUCGAAGCUGACACCAAGUACGCCAAGUAAUUCACGUGCAACUUCACCUGGCGGUAACAACAGCACCAGAAUUGCCAACAAUGAUUCCAAUCAUUUAUAUAGCCUGAGCAAGAGAUCUCUACCAUCUGAUUUUAAUAGCGAUUCCUUGUCGAUUUGCUCCCGCAAACAACUGCGUCGUUCCCUAACCAACGAUCAUGGCAAUGAGGGCAGCGAUAAUGCGGAUACAGCCAGCAUGGACAAUAAUCCUCUGAAUGCUGAAGAGUUCUUCCUGCCACCCAUUCCACAUAUAUCAAUGGUUGAGCCACGCUAUGACUUGGGUCUGAAACGUGAAACGGAAAUGCAUCACGGCCCGCCAUCAGCGGCGGGUGGCGGAAGUUCGGGCCCUACCGCAUCAUCCAGCAGCACUGCAGUGAUUACGCCGUCUCUGCGUAAUCCAUUUGGGCCCAAUUUCAAUCUGGACUACAAUUUCUACAAGGCAAAUAACAAUAAUAGCAGCAGCAACAACAACAACAACAACGGAGGUCCUGGAAGCAGUUCGAGCAAUGCCAGUGGAAGCAUUGGCAGUGGCAACGGCAAUGGCUCGGCCGGACUCAACACUGAAUAUCCAAAUGACCUAUAUAUGCCCAAUGAUUACACCAAGAAUUUUGCCAAUCACAUGGAUAUUCCGCCAAACGGCAGCAAUAUGGUGAUGCUGUCGACAACCUCACUUCUGCAUGGCAAUUGUGUGUUCAAUCGCAAUAACACGGUGGCCACCCAGCAGGGCAUGAAGACCUACUGGCUAUGUAAGUCGUAUCGGAUUAGCAUGUGCCGAGCCCGCUGCAUAACCCAUCUCGGCCGUAUAAUAUCCGCCACUGGCGUUCACAAUCAUACGCCUCAUAUGCGUGGUGGCCAAGCGGCGGCAGCGGCGGGAGCAUCAUCAGCAGUUACCUCAGCAGCAGGCAGUGGAGGAGUGGGAGCAAGCCCCAUAACAGUUAGUUUGGCCACCAAUCCGAAUAUAUCACAGGGGCCCUGUUAUACCAUUGCCGCCGAUGCCAAUCACCUUGGGCCCGACUUGACAUCGGGCAGCCGUUUAAGUGGUGUGGGUGGCAACAUAUUUGCCCAUCAAACUGCACCGGUUCCGCCACCGCCUCCGCCUUCAGCGCCACUUCAUCAUCACCUGCCGCAGUCGUUGCCCAAUUUGGUAGUGCAGCAUCAUCCGGCAUCGCAUAUGGAGCAACAUGGACCACAUACCAGCCUAAUGCACAAUCCAAAUCUGAUGCAUUUACCGAUGCAGCCCCACCACCAGCAUCAGCAUCAGCACCACCAGCAGCAGCAUUCGCCUCAUAACCACCAUGCCGCAAGUGGGGCAGGACCAUCGCCAUCUCAACAUCAUCUAGAAUUGUCAUCGGAUCCUUCUGUUCUCCUAUCCCCGGCCCAUAUGCAGCAGCCGAGUCCACAGUCAACGAGAAGCACCUCGAUGCAUGCCCAAGAGUCGCCUUUGGGAAUGAAGAGUCCAUCAGCCCAGCAGCAGUCAUCCGCAGCUUCUGUGGAUGACCAACAGCAGCAGCAACAACAGCAGCAUGUAGAUAUAAAUGCAAAUGCCGAUGGAUCAGCGGAGAGUUCUUCGGCGACGGCGCAUGUCAUUGACUCCAUAACCAUAUCGCCCAGUAGUAGGCAUGGGCAUAGUUUCAAAAUGGAGAACAUGUAAGGCGGAGAGAGUCCUCCGUUUAACCCCUCCAUUCAUCUAGACAGUAAGCAGGAGUAAUUUAUUGCGGCUGGAGCCGAUUAGUUAGCACCUUUUGAAGUAGUUGAAAUUGAAUGCGGCAACAAAUUCAAUUUGAUUUACGUGUUUUCCAUUGUAUAUACUUAUGUAUACUUACUUAUGUCUCUGUAUAUGAGUAAUUGAUAAACUAAUGUUAAUAAUUGAUAAACCGAACGAAAUACCUAAA